CUGCUUUGUGCAAGGAUACUGAAGAACGGUAUGGAAGGUAUUAAACUCACCUAGCACAACUACUACUGUUCCUGUACUGGGGUACAGUCCUCCCUUUUUCUCCCUCAACAAACUUUCCUGAUUAGUUUCUGUCUUCACACCCAGGCUGACUUCUGCACUCUGGUCUCCAAACAGUGACCUCAUUGCGUUGUUCAGCUGGUGAGAAACUACAGUAAAAUGGGAGAGGUAAAUAAAGGGGGGGAACUAAUGGCCAGAAGAUUUAGGAGGUAAGAGUCUGCUACUCGGCGUCCCACUUCCAUUGUGUGCCCGAGCUUGAGAAAGUGCAAGUUCAGCCUCGAUGAGCUCUUUUCUAUGCUGGUUCCUCUGGAAACUCAGCUCAGCCCUCCAGAUGGUGUACGUUGAAUAAUGACUCAGUACAACCAGUGUGCAUGUUGUGUGCCCACAUGUAUUUAGACCCAUGCUCCUGUCACUGCCACAGAUCCCACAGAGUGCUGGAAUCCACGCAUCUACCGCAGCAAGGCUCUGUGUUCCCAGGCCAACUGGCUCAUCAAUAUAUAAAUAUUAAAACUAGAGUCCGUGUUGUCAUGCAGUCAAAUUUGUGACAAUUCCUGUAGAGAUCAGUGUGACUGUCACCAGAUGAGCUGUAGUUCAUGCUCACGCUGGUUAAAGAAAUAACAUUAACAACACUCUGCCUAAGAGGAGUGUGUUCCGUAUCACUGUACAACGCAGCCUUCAAUACCUUUCUUCAGGAUGUGUCUUGAAGUCUCACCCUGUUUCUGACCCUAACAGACACCUCCAGGUCCUGGCCAGAAGCAGCUCAACUCACAUUUGUCUUCCCAGACACUCAGUAAACACCUUUGUGUCUUUUUUCUUUAGAGGAAGGGGUCUUGCUGAGCUCACCCUGAAAUAUAUCACCAUGGACAAAAGGGCUGAAAGGUUAAGGAGCUCCGGGGGGUAGUUCAGCAGAGAGCUGGGGGCCAGGCGCCUGCCAGAACCAAAGCUAUAAAGGCAAGGAGGGGACAGGGAUCACAGAUGCUGCAGAUCCUGCCUCACCUCCCACAAGCCCUGGGAUAAGAAGAUGCUGGGGCUCCAGUCAUGGCCUUGCUCGCUUUUCCUCCUCUCAGUUCUGCUCUCUGCCAGCGUUCAAGCUAUGUCCUUACCAGGACAGAGGCUACAGAUGCUCCUUUCCCAGCUGCUGCCCCUGGACUCUGAAUCCACGCAGGCCGAAGAAGAGAACACAAAGGAGGAGGGGUCCAGCUCGGGACCUCAGCUGCUCUCCCCCACCCUCCCAUUCCUCCCUUCUGGGGCCAGAGCUGCCCGUGCCCCGCUCUGGCGCAAGACCCUCACCAGUCGCAAGUGGGCACUCUCUGGAGACUGGGCCUGGAAGGCCAUGCCCAGGGGCUGCUUUGGGCUGAAACUGGAUCGGAUCGGGACCUUCAGUGGUUUGGGGUGCUAGGCCUGGAGAGACCUGGAGGUGGAGAAGGAGCCUGCGGAGGACCAGCUCGGGACAAGACGGGAAGGAGCACGGCCAGCCAGCGGCUGCAGCCCUGAAGCUCAGGCGAGGAGCACGGAGGAGCCGCAUGGCGCUCCUGCUGCCCCUCAGCCCGCUCCUCGUGCGUGAGGACUCGCUCGCUAAUUAAACAGAGCUAAUUAACUGCCGUGUCCGAGCUCACAGCACCGCCUCCGCGAGAGGCGCCUC